AUGUGCAUCGAAAAAGCCGAAUCUUCCAUAAACAGCAAAGUGUGGAAAUACAUUCAUAUAUGGUCGACGGUCAUGAUGUUUACCGGAGCACUUAUUCUCAACAUUAUGGUGUGCUUCUACUUUGCAGAUGACGAAUGUAUUCUAAACAUAUUUUUUAUAACCUCAAAUGUAAUAUUGUGCGUUAUUGGAGUUUGCCUCUCCAUACAUCCGGCGGUUCAAAAAGGAAAUCCCAGGUCCGGACUUUCACAGGCUUCGAUGGUGGUGCUUUAUUGUACCUAUCUCGUUGUGAGUGCAGUCGUGAAUGAACCAGCAAAUCAUAUUUGCAAUCCGCUGAUUGGUGGCCAUAAGGCACGAAAGACUACGAUUGCUCUUGGUUCCAUGUUUACCUUCCUGGCGCUUACUUAUUCAACGUCAAGAACCGCAAUUGAGGGAAAGAAGUUAAUGCUUGGUGCAAAUCAUUCCCAAGUCAGGGAUAACGAUACGGAGAAUCCGUUAAGGAUCGUCAGAGCCAACGGCGAAAAGUCCGGUUAUUGUUCUCAUGAAAAAUG